AUGCUGAACUCAUUCGUGGAAGGACUUGCCAACGUAAUUCCGUACGAGAUUUUGCCUAUUUUUUCCGGUGAAGAAUUGCGGGAUGUGCUUUGUGGGAACCCCGAGGUUGAGGUCGACUUGCUGCGUCGUGUUGUUGAAUACGAGGGCUAUGAAGCCAGCGAUCCGGUGGUCGGAUACUUUUGGGAGACUCUUCGAUCAAUGACGGAUAGGGAACGCAAGACCUUUCUACAAUUUGUGUGGGCUCGGAGUCGCUUGCCGAUGCGGGAGUCUGACUUUGAAGCUCCCUUCAAGCUACAGAAGGAUCUGGUCAACGUCGGUGAGAAAGCGGACCUUGCUUUGCCUAGCGCAUCUACUUGCUUCUUUUCGCUGACGUUGCCCGAAUACAGCAAUGCAGCCUUGCUGAGGGACAAGCUCUUGUACGCAAUCAACAACGUGACAACGAUGGAAACCGACUUUCAGACGAACAGCGCAGAAAUCGCGGAAGGGUACCGUGCGUUAUAG